AUGGAUAAAUCUUGGGUCUGGUUACCAAGGAAUAGCCUUGAGUAUAAGAAAGGAGCUAGUGAGUUCGUGUCUUCUUCAUCAAAACGUUUAGGUGAUCCAGAUGAAAUGUUCUGCCCAUGUGUUGAUUGUCGCAAUGUCUGCCACCAAUAUAGUGAGAAAGUUUUCGAGCACCUGGUGAUUAGAGGAAUGGAUGAGAAGUACAAGAGCUGUAAGUUUUGGUCUAAACACGGGGAGACAAGACCUGAUAAGUCAGCUAAUGUGAUCUGGUCUGAAAAUGAGGCUUACGACUUGUUCAGAACAACCUUCAUGCGAAGUCAAGGCAGCGAAGGAUACACAGAGGAGAAUGCUGGAGUGUUUGAGGGCACUGAUACGCCAGAAGAAGUUGAGUUUAGAAAGAAGUUAAAGGAUGCAGAAACUCCGUUGUACCCAAACUGUCUGAAAUUUACGAAGGUUGCUGCAAUCAUGGGACUUUACAGGAUAAAGGUGAAGAGUGGGAUGUCUGAGAACUAUUUCGAUCAGCUUCUGUCCCUAGUUCAUGAUCUGCUUCCCGGUGAAAACGUUCUACCUAAGCUUACAGAUGAGAUGAAGAAGUUUCUGAAACAGUUUGGUUUUGGGUAUGAUGUCAUCCACUCAGCUGUCCAAGAUGUAGUGAAGCAGACUGGUGAGGAGAAGAAAGGGAUUCCUGUUAAGGUGCUUAGGUAUUUUCCGAUUAAAGACAGGUUCAGGAGAAUGUUUAGAUCAAAGCGGUUGGCAGAGGACUUGUGUUGGCACUCCACUAAUGCUUCUGAAGAUGGAACUAUGCGUCAUCCAGUAGAUUCAUUGACUUGGGCUCAGAUAAACAACAAAUGGCCAGAGUUCGCUGCUGAAGCAAGAAACCUAAGACUAGGUAUUUCAACAGAUGGCAUGAAUCCGUUCUCUAUCCAGAACACGAAGCAUAGCACAUGGCCUGUUCUAUUAGUCAACUACAAUAUGGCUCCGACAAAGUGUAUGAGGUCCGAGAACAUCAUGUUGAUAAUGUUGAUACCUUGUCCAACCGCACCUAGCAACAACAUUGAUGUAUAUCUACAGCCAUUGAUAGAGGACUUGCAUGAUUUGUGGACAGAAGGUAUGGAAGUUUAUGAUUCGUUUAAGAAGGAGAGUUUUACACUUAGAGCUAUGAUGAUGUGGAGUAUCACCGAUUAUCCUGGUUUAGGCACAUUAGCUGGGUGUAAAGUGAAAGGGAAGAAAGCGUGUAAUGUCUGCGGGAAUGGUACAUCUCAUAGGUGGCUAAAGUUUAGUCGCAAACAUGUUUACAUGGAGAACAAGAAGCGGCUCAGGCCUAGUCAUCCUUAUAGAAGAAGGAAAGGAUGGUUUGACAAUACAGUGGAGUUUGGUACUGCAAAGAGGAUUCAGAGUGGCUGCGAUAUAUUUGACAAUCUUAAGGACUUUAAAAACGAUUUUGGGAAACCUUUACCUAAGAAGAGUAAGCGGAAAAGGAUAGAAGGAGGUGAAGAUGAUGAUAUGUUUGUGAGGCAUAACAUCGACGUCAUGCACGUCGAGAAGAACGUGUCUGAUGCGCUGUUGUCUAUACUGAUGCAUAGUACGAAAUCUAAGGAUGGACUGAAAGCAAGAAAGGAUUUAGAAGAGAUGGGUAUUAGAAGCAACUUACAUACACAAGCUAGGGGGAAGAAAACGUACUUGCCUCCAGCUGCGUAUUGGCUUUCAAAGGAAGAGAAAAGAAAGUUCUGCCGAAGGUUAUCCAACUUCAGAGGCCCUGAUGGAUACUGUGCCAAUAUAGCUAACUGUGUCUCACUGGAUCCUCCUUCUAUUGGCGGCAUGAAGUCACAUGAUCAUCAUGUUCUUAUGCAGAAUCUCUUAUCAGUAGCGUUGAGAGGUUUACUUCCAAAAGGACCUCGGAUAGCAGUGACUCGCAUAUGCAAUUUCUUCAACAGACUCUGCCAACGCAUUCUUGAUCCAGAGAUGCUACUUGCACUAGAAACAGAGAUUGUGGAGACAAUGUGCCAGCUAGAGAGAUUCUUCCCACCUGCAUUAUUUGAUAUCAUGUUUCACCUUCCACUGCAUCUGGCAAGAGAAGAACGCUUGGGUGGCCCUGUUCACUUCAAGUGGAUGUACCCAUUCGAGAGACCUGAAGCUUGUAUGGCCGAGGGAUAUCUUGCUGGUGAAUGCCUCGCAUUUUGUAUGGAGUUCUUGCAAAAAUCAGUUCCAGUAGAAGAAGCAAUUACAAGAAAUGAUGAUGUAGAGGAGACUCAAAAUGUACUAGAAGGCCGUCCACUGCAAAAAGCUACAGAAGUCACACUUACUGAUAAGGAGAGAGAUAUAGCUCAUCGGUACAUCCUCAUGAAUACUGCAGUCUUGGAUCCUUAUGUUCAGAUGCACUUAGAAGAACUACAAGCUACUGAUGCAAAAUGCGCAAGAAAUGGAACUGUCUUAUGGAAAUGCCAUACAGAUUGGUUUUCAAACUGGAUAAAAGAGAAGAUCCCUAAUAACUCAAAGGAGCAUUCACAAAGGCUCAGAUGGCUUGCUUUUGGACCUAGAAAUGUUGCACACACGUACAAGGGAUUUAUAAUUAAUGGACAUCGUUACCAGACGGAAGAUGUUAAGCGGAAGACUCAGAACAGUGGGGUUACAAAUGAAGCAUUCUCCAUGUGCAGAGCUAGUGCCAAAGAUGCGAACCAACAGGCAAACAUGGUAGCAUACUUUGGAGUCAUUCAGGAGAUCAUAUUGCUUGACUACCACAUGUUUGAGGUGCCUCUGUUUAAGUGUAGUUGGGCUCAUAAAGGGAGAGGAGUGAAAGAGGAAGACGGUUUCACACUGGUCAAUCUCCAUAUGAACCAGUCAUCAUUUGUUAAUGAUCCUUACAUUCUGCCUUCUCAAGCUAAACAAGUCUUCUACUCUAGAGAAUAUGACAGCUCACCUUGGUAUGUUGUUAUGAGAGCACCACCUAGAGGAUACCAUGAGUUAGAGACUGAAGAGGAAGUUAGUUCUGCACCCGUAACAGUUGAGCAUAAAGAAGAUACUGGAGAUCAAGCAUCUGAUGAUGAGAGUUUUUGUAUUAGGAAUGAUUGUGAGGGUAAGCUGGUACAAUGA